AACCGUCCAAAUGGCUCAACAGGGAGUUCUGCUGGACCAGGACCAGUUAUGUUGUUCUGUCUGUUUGGAUCUACUGAAGGAGCCGGUCACCAUCCCCUGUGGACACAGUUACUGUAGGAGCUGUAUUGAGGGCUGCUGGGAUCAGGAUGAUCUGAAAGGGGUCUAUAACUGUCCUCAGUGCAGACAUACCUUCACUACAAGACCUAUGCUGAUGAAAAAUAACAUGUUGGCUGAGCUGGUGGAGAAACUGAGGAAGACAGGACUCCAGGCUGCUCCCCCUCCUGCUCUGUGCUAUGCUGGACCUGGAGAUGUGGCGUGUGAUGUCUGCACUGGGACCAGAAAGCAGAAAGCCUUCAUGUCCUGUCUGGUGUGUCUGGCCUCUUACUGUGAGACUCACCUCCAACCUCACUAUGAAUCUCCUGCUUUCAAGAAGCACAAGCUGGUCAAAGCCACGGCACGACUACAGGAGAAGAUCUGCUCUCAUCAUGACAAACUGCUGGAGGUUUACUGUCGUACCGAUCAGCAGUGUAUCUGUCUGCUGUGUGUGAUGGAUGGACAUAAAGGCCAUGAUACAGUGUCAGCUGCAGCAGAGAGGACUGAGAAACAGAGGCAGCUGGGGAUGAGUCAGCAGAAGGUCCAGCAGAGAUUCCAGGAGAGAGAGAAGGAGCUGAAGGAGCUCCAACAGGCUGUGGGGUCUUUCAAGCGCUCUGCACAGUCAGCAGUGGAGGACAGUGAUCAGAUCUUUACUGAGCUGAUCCGCUCCAUUGAGAGAAGGAGCUCUGAGGUGAAGGAGCUGAUCAGAGCCCAAGAGAAGGCUCAAGUGAGUCAAGCUGAAGGACUCCUGGAGCAACUGAAGCAGGAGAUAGCUGAGCUGAGGAAGAGAAGCACUGAGCUGGAGCAGCUCUCACACACAGAGGAUCACAUCCAUUUCCUCCAGAGUUAUCAGUCUCUCUCUCUCUCCAGAGUUAUC